AUGGGUCUCGGGCGAGGGACCGAGUUCACGGCGGACGCUCCGCGAACGCGCGGCUUAGGCCACACGCUGCCGCUGGGCUCGUACCUGCUGAAGCCCGUCCAGAGGAUACUCAAGUACCAUCUGCUGCUGCAGAACCUGAUGUCGCAGAGCGCGAGCUUGUCCGAGGAGGCCCGAGCGGCAACCAGCGCCGCCCUGCGGACGAUGACCGAACUAGCCGGCUAUAUCAACGACAUGAAGCGGCGGCACGAGCAUGCCGUCCGCGUGCACGAGAUCCAGAGCUUGAUGCGACACUGGCAGGGCGAUGACCUGACCACGUACGGAGAGCUGCUGGCCGAGGAGACCUUCAGCAUGCCACGCGCCAGGAUACGCCGCCACGUGUUCCUGUUCGAGCGCAUGCUUCUCAUCACAAAACGGCGGGAGGGCGCCGCUCUAGUCUACAAGACGCACAUCAUGUGUUCCAACCUGAUGCUGAUAGAGUGUGUUCCUGGCGAGCCUAGCAGCCUGCAAGUUUUACCAUUCGACGACCCCAAACAGCAAUAUACGCUUCAGGCGCGGACGGUAGAGCAGAAGCGUCAAUGGGCCGUCCGACUGAAGAACGCCAUUUUGGAGAGCUACGGGGACGACAUCCCAAAGCACGCGCGCGAGCUGGUGAUGAAGCUGGGUCAGCGGCGGGAGAAUGGCGAGAUCAUCCGACAGCAGCGGCGACACCACUCCGUCCCUGACUACCUGCAGCGGCGC